UCUUUGUGUUGUGAGAGGAUAUGUGUCAACAUUUUGGCGCUUGUUGUAUAUAACACUUUAGCGCCCAGAUAUGGAGUGUAUAUAAAGCGGGCCAGUUGUUGGCGCUUUAUUGUUUGAUUGUAUCAGAAUGGCUCGUACAAAGCAGACAGCACGUAAAUCUACCGGAGGAAAGGCUCCUCGUAAACAACUUGCCACUAAGGCUGCCAGGAAGAGUGCCCCAGCAACUGGCGGUGUGAAAAAACCCCAUCGUUACAGGCCUGGUACCGUAGCUCUGCGAGAGAUCAGACGUUACCAGAAAUCCACUGAACUUCUGAUCAGAAAACUUCCCUUCCAACGUCUCGUCCGUGAGAUCGCUCAGGACUUCAAGACCGAUCUUCGUUUCCAGAGCUCUGCCGUAAUGGCUUUACAGGAGGCCAGCGAGGCUUACUUGGUCGGUCUUUUCGAGGAUACCAACUUGUGCGCUAUCCACGCCAAGAGAGUGACCAUCAUGCCCAAGGACAUUCAGCUUGCUCGCCGUAUCCGUGGUGAGAGAGCCUAAAUUGAAAAUAAGCUACUGCUUUAGACCAACGGCCCUUUUCAGGGCCUCUAAA